CCUCCUCCCCGGGGCCUCGCGGGCGGGAGGGAGGCGAGGGGUGGCCCAGCCUGGGUGGUCUCGUGCCCCGCCCCCUGCGGCGCCGUUACCUAGCAGCGGGUCCGGCCGCGCGGCUCGGGUAAUUUGCGGGCCCCUCAGCCAAUGGGAGGGCGUCGCCCCGGCCAGCUCCCUUUUUCUGGAGCUCCAGCCACCUCCCGGGCACUCCAGUCAGCACCUCCAGCCCUUCUGGGCGUCUCCAGGCAGCGAUUUCGCCUGCGCGCGGGACCCAUUCCUCCUCCAGCCGCCUCGGCCCACUGAGCGGGUGAACCCCGGCGCCGCGCCCCGGACCCACAGCGCCCUGCACUUCUGUCUCCCAGCCGCCGUUAACACCCGCACCCCACAGUCUCACCCCCGUCCGCGCCUCGGCGGCCCCACUGAAUCCCCACGAGAGGACCAGCGGUACCGGGAGGCCGGGCUAGCCUAUGAGAGUUCCCAGAUAAUGCGGGUUGGGGGCGCCCACGCCCCUCUUCCCCGCCAGCAUGACUCGGUCGCCGCCCCUCAGAGAGCUGCCUCCGAGUUACACACCCCCAGCUCGAACCGCAGCACCUCAGAUCCUAGCUGGGAGCCUAAAGGCUCCACUCUGGCUUCGUGCUUACUUCCAGGGCCUGCUCUUCUCUCUGGGCUUUGGGAUCCAGAGACACUGUGGCAAAGUGCUCUUUCUGGGACUGUUGGCCUUUGGGGCCCUGGCAUUAGGUCUUCGCGUGGCUAUUAUUGAGACAAACCUGGAACAGCUCUGGGUAGAAGUGGGCAGCCGGGUGAGCCAGGAGCUGCAUUACACCAAGGAGAAGCUGGGGGAGGAGGCUGCAUACACCUCUCAGAUGCUGAUACAGACCUCACGCCAGGAGGGAGAGAACAUCCUCACGCCUGAAGCGCUUGGCCUCCACCUCCAGGCAGCCCUCACUGCCAGCAAAGUCCAAGUAUCACUCUAUGGGAAGUCCUGGGAUUUGAACAAAAUCUGCUAUAAGUCAGGAGUUCCCCUUAUUGAAAAUGGAAUGAUUGAGCGGAUGAUUGAGAAGCUGUUUCCGUGCGUGAUCCUCACACCCCUCGACUGCUUCUGGGAGGGAGCCAAACUCCAAGGGGGCUCCGCCUACCUGCCUGGCCGCCCGGAUAUCCAGUGGACCAACCUGGAUCCAGAGCAGCUGCUGGAGGAGCUGGGUCCCUUUGCCUCCCUUGAGGGCUUCCGGGAGCUGCUAGACAAGGCACAGGUGGGCCAGGCCUACGUGGGGCGGCCCUGUCUGCACCCUGACGACCUCCACUGCCCACCUAGUGCCCCCAACCAUCACAGCAGGCAGGUUCCCAAUGUGGCUGACGAGCUGAGCGGGGGCUGCCAUGGCUUCUCCCACAAAUUCAUGCACUGGCAGGAGGAAUUGCUGCUGGGAGGCACGGCCAGAAACCCCCAAGGGCAGCUGCUGAGGGCAGAGGCCCUGCAGAGCACCUUCUUGCUGAUGAGUCCACGCCAGCUGUAUGAGCAUUUCCGGGGUGACUAUCAGACGCAUGACAUAGGCUGGAGUGAGGAACAGGCUGGCACAGUGCUACAAGCCUGGCAGCGGCGCUUUGUGCAGCUGGCCCAGGAGGCCCUGCCUGAGAACGCUUCCCAGCAGAUCCACGCCUUCUCCUCCACCACCUUGGAUGACAUCCUGCAUGCAUUCUCUGAAGUCAGUGCUGCCCGUGUGGUGGGAGGCUACCUGCUCAUGCUGGCCUAUGCCUGUGUGACCAUGCUGCGGUGGGACUGUGCCCAGUCCCAGGGUGCCGUGGGCCUCGCUGGGGUGCUGCUGGUGGCCCUGGCAGUGGCCUCAGGCCUUGGGCUCUGUGCCCUGCUCGGCAUCACCUUCAAUGCUGCCACUACCCAGGUGCUGCCCUUCCUGGCUCUGGGAAUUGGUGUGGAUCACGUAUUCCUGCUGGCACACGCCUUCACAGAGGCUCUGCCUGGCACCCGUCUCCAGGACCAAAUGGGCGAGUGUCUGCAGCGCACGGGCACCAGUGUGGUCCUCACAUCCAUCAACAACAUGGCCGCCUUCCUCAUGGCUGCCCUCGUUCCCAUCCCUGCACUGCGAGCCUUCUCCCUGCAGGCGGCCAUAGUGGUUGGCUGCACCUUUGUAGCCGUGAUGCUUGUCUUCCCAGCCAUCCUCAGCCUGGACCUACGGCGGCGCCACUGCCAGCGCCUGGAUGUGCUCUGCUGCUUCUCCAGUCCCUGCUCUGCUCGGGUGAUUCAGAUCCUUCCCCAGGAGCUGGGGGACAGGACAGUACCAGUGGGCAUUACCCACCUGACGGCCACAGUUCAAGCCUUUACCCACUGUGAAGCCAGCAGCCAGCAUGUGGUCACCAUCCUGCCUCCCCAGGCCCACCUGGUGCCUCCACCUUCUGACCCACUGGGCUCUGAGCUCUUCAGCCCUGGAGGGUCCACACGGGACCUUCUAGGCCAGGAGGAGGAGCCAAAGCAGAAGGCAGCCUGCAGGUCCCUGCCCUGUGCCCGCUGGAAUCUUACCCAUUUUGCCCGCUAUCAGUUUGCCCCCUUGCUGCUCCAGUCACAGGUCAAGGCCAUCGUGCUGGUGCUUUUUGGCACUCUUCUGGGCCUGAGCCUCUACGGAGCCACACUGGUGCAAGACGGGCUGGCCCUGACGGAUGUGGUGCCUCGGGGCACCAAGGAGCAUGCCUUCCUGAGCGCCCAGCUCAGGUACUUCUCCCUGUACGAGGUGGCCCUGGUGACCCAGGGUGGCUUCGACUACGCCCACUCCCAACGCGCCCUCUUUGAUCUGCACCAGCGCUUCAGUUCCCUCAAGGCCGUGCUGCCCCCACCGGCCACCCAGGAACCCCGCACCUGGCUGCACUAUUACCGAAACUGGCUACAGGGAAUCCAGGCUGCGUUUGAUCAGGACUGGGCUUCUGGGCGCAUCACUCGCCACUCGUACCGCAAUGGCUCUGAGGAUGGGGCCCUGGCCUACAAGCUGCUCAUCCAGACCGGAGACUCCCAGGAGCCUCUGGAUUUCAGCCAGCUGACCACAAGGAAGCUGGUGGACAGAGAGGGACUGAUUCCACCCGAGCUCUUCUACGUGGGGCUGACCGUGUGGGUGAGCAGUGACCCCCUGGGUCUGGCAGCCUCACAGGCCAACUUCUACCCCCCACCUCCUGAAUGGCUGCACGACAAAUACGAUACCACAGGGGAGAACCUUCGCAUCCCGCCAGCUCAGCCCUUGGAGUUUGCCCAGUUCCCCUUCCUGCUGCGGGGCCUCCGGAAGACUGCAGACUUUGUGGAGGCCAUCGAGGGGGCCCGGGCAGCAUGUGCAGAGGCGGGCCAGGCUGGGGUGAACGCCUACCCCAGCGGCUCCCCCUUCCUCUUCUGGGAGCAGUAUCUCGGAUUGCGGCGCUGCUUCCUGCUGGCCAUCUGCAUCCUGCUGGUGUGCACUUUCCUUGUCUGUGCCCUUCUGCUCCUCAACCCCUGGACGGCUGGCCUCAUAGUGCUGGUCCUGGCGAUGAUGACCGUGGAGCUGUUUGGUAUCAUGGGUUUCCUGGGCAUCAAGCUGAGCGCCAUCCCCGUGGUGAUCCUCGUGGCCUCUGUAGGCAUUGGCAUUGAGUUCACAGUACAUGUGGCUCUGGGCUUCCUGACCACCCAGGGUAGCCGGAACCUGCGGGCUGCCCGUGCCCUGGAGCACACAUUUGCCCCUGUGACCGAUGGGGCCAUCUCUACAUUGCUGGGUCUGCUCAUGCUUGCUGGUUCCAACUUUGACUUCAUUGUAAGGUACUUCUUCGUGGUGCUGACAGUGCUUACGCUCCUCGGCCUCCUCCACGGACUUGUGCUGCUGCCUGUGCUGCUGUCUAUCCUGGGCCCGCCACCAGAGGUGAUACAGAUGUACAAGGAAAGCCCUGAGGUCCUGAGUCCACCAGCUCCACAGGGAGGCGGGCUUAGGUGGGGGGCAGCCCCCUCCCUCCCCCAGAGCUUUGCCAGAGUGACUACCUCCAUGACCGUGGCCAUCCACCCACCCCCGCUGCCUGGUGCCUAUAUCCACCCAGCCUCUGAUGAGCCCCCUUGGUCCCCUGCUGCCACCAGCUCUGGCAACCUCAGUUCCAGGGGACCAGGUCCAGCCACUGGGUGAAAGAGCAGCUGAAGCAUGGAGACCCUGUGUGGGCUGCAUGAGGUCACUGGGAAGCACUGGGUCAGGUAUUAGAUGCAGGAUGGACCCCUGGAGGGCCCUGCUGCUGCUGGUCCCCCUCUCCUGACUCAAUCACAGACCUCCCUGAUAUCCACAGAACAGCCCCCGUCUUGCACACCCAGGCCUGUGUGGGCCUGUGUCUGUGUCAAGAGAGUGAAAGCCAGCACUUCAGGCUGCAGUGCAGCCCUGUCCCCCUUCCCACCCCACACCACUGCCCACCCAGCAGACCAAGCCCGAGGGACCCUCCAGCACCCUUCCUCAGCCCCAGCCUCACCUCCUGGCGGCUCCUGGGCAGACUGUCCGUAUCCCUACUCACCUCCUACCACAUCCAUUAUUUAUAUGAAGAUGUCUAUUUUUGUAGUAUACAUAGAUGUUAGCUAUGCUGAAAGUUUUAUUUUUUAAAGAAUGAAAUAUAUUCUAUGUGAACU